UCCCGACCUCCCCCUGUGUGUCUUCAUCAAAUUGUGUGCACUGAAGCUGGUGUGAGGUCUAACUGUUCACUCCGUUGUUUGUACGCCACAGUGGGACGAGACGUGGAGGUCAGCGCGGUCACUGCGAGGUUUUUUUUCGCGGGGAUGAGAGCCACCAGGGGCCGUGCGCACUGGGGGAUAACCGGGGCGCCCCGGUGUUAGUGCGCACCCAACUUGGAGCAGCGGCAGGCAAGCGGACGGGGCUGACGGUGCGUGGGGUCGGUCCCCUCCUGAUGACAAAGCGGGUGACCCGGCCGAUGAGUAACUCCUCGGGAGGAGGUUUCACCCGAGAGCCGAGAUGAUCGCGACGUUUUUCCCUCUGAAGAAACUGCGGCGCAAUGGCAGAUAUCUUCUGUUCGGGGCGAUUCUGCUGGUCGGAGCGGUGGCCGUCUACCACGAGAUGGUUGCUGCAAAAGCAUGGAGCAGUGGGACCAGUAUGAAUCCUGAAGCUGAAGGCAGCAGCUGGCGGAGAGCCAUGUCUGACGAAAGGGUCAGAAGGGACCAUCAACUAGACUCUCCGGAGGAUUCAGCUGCUUGGAGCUCCAGUUAUAUUCCACAAGCCUGGAAACCAGAGUAUAAGGGACAAGCUAAUCUGCAUGUCUUUGAGGACUGGUGUGGCAGCUCUACAGCUGGUCUCCGCAAGAACUUGCACUACCCACUGUACCCCCAUUCCAGGACUACAGUGCAGAAGCUGGCUGUCUCUCCUCAGUGGACCAACUACGGGCUCAGGAUUUUUGGUUAUCUACAUCCUUUCUCUGACGGGGAGUUUGUGUUUGCCUUGAGCUCUGAUGACAACUCUGAAUUCUGGCUCAGCACAGAUGACUCUCCCCUCAACUUGCAGUUACUGGCCUGGGUCGGAAAGACUGGCACUGAAUGGACAGCCCCUGGUGAAUUUGAGAAGUAUGCCAGUCAGACCUCUAGACCAGUUAGGCUUUCUUCUCAGAGGAGGUACUUCUUUGAAGUUAUCCACAAGCAGAACGACAGAGGGACUGACCAUGUGGAGGUGGCAUGGAAGCUCCUGGACCAAGGCUUUAGGUUCAUGGUUAUUGAAUCUAAGCACAUCUCCCUCUAUGUUAAUGAGUCUGCUUUGUUGAUGAGUGAUGUUGCCCACAUACCACAGACAGCCGCCAGCCACCAACACACCCCAACAAAACAGCACAGUGCCACAGCGGACAUGCUGAGGGAAGACCCACGAGACACUCUGUACCAAGUGCCUUUGAUAAACAGCGAAUUCCUACGUGGUGUUCUGCCCGACUGCUCGUACAAUCCCAGCUAUACAAUCAAAGACUUCCCUCUGCUUCGUUACCAAGGACUCCAGUUUGUCCACAUGUCCUACAUCUACCCCAACGACUACACCCGACUCACACACAUGGAGACCGAGAACAGCUGCUUCUACCCUGAGAGCCCCUACUACAUGAAGAUGUUCGGUUUCUCCAGAUACAUGAGACUAGACCGUUCUGAUGUGCAGGAAAAAGGAAACUCAGCCAGAGAUUUUGGUUUCCAGAGGAGGAAGUUAAUCCGAGAUGAGGAAUACGAAUUAGACAAUGAAGCCUAUCUAAGAGAAAACGGAGCAAAGCCGGACCGGCAUGUAGAUAACAACCUUUUUCCAGACUAUGGGGAUGAUUAUGACGAUUAUGCUCAAAAACGCAGGCGCAAACUCUUCUCCUUAGUCACGGCAGAAACUAACAACACCCUGAAGAACUCUUCUGACACAAAUUUGCACAUAGAUAAGAUGCAGAGGAGGCAAGGAAAAGACGUCCCACAGCCUCAGUCAGAAAAACAGAAACCAGCUGAAACUCUGCAGUCAGUGCCAACCCAAGCCUCAAAACAUUACCUGAAUCUGAAACAGAACUGGACAGAGUUGAAACUUGAGGGCCCCGUUAAAAAAGUAGAGCAGAUAAAGCUGAGAGGGAAGCAAAAACCAGCAAAGAGACAAAAGCUGAAAUCAAUAGAGAUAGUUGAGGGACCUGCACGGACUAAUCCACCGAUACCGGUGGACAGAGUGCAGCCCGGGGCAAAAGAACGACCAAUAAUCCCGUCAGAGCAGCUCAGUUAUAAACAGCAUCAUAUCCAGAGGUCUCGAAAAAUGAACCAUACCCAAAUCCAAAGACUCAAAGACUCGCAGCUUCAAGCCUUAGAGAGGGACGCUCCGAUAACUAAAUCCACAGGGGCCAAGCAGCGGAGGUAUGUAAACAGGGAGAUGGAGCUCCAGCAAGUUGACACCAAGCGUUUUAUCACUCCCAAGAGGGACAUUAAUCGCCCUUUAGUAGGGCUGAAUCAGAGGGAGAUGGAUACCAGAAAAAACCUGAGGAAAAAAGAGAUAGAGAUGAAUGUACCUCUACAGGAUGACAUAGAAAAUAGUAUCCACAGAGCUAAGAUGAUCACUAGAGGCAAAAUGGUCAAAAAGAGGGUGAAUACGAAUGAAGAUCAAGUAGGGGAGGAAGACGAGAUUCACAAUAGGGCCGAGAGUAGGCGAGACACCAGAGAGGGUGAAAGAGACUCUCUAUGGGGACCAGGAGGAGACUUUGAAGGUGCCGAUGAUGAGGAUCUUACCCCUGCGUCGGUGUAUGACACUGAGGUGAAUUGGAGCCAGACCUUCCAGGUCAACCACCUGGACCUGCAGGCACAGCGCUCAGAUUGGAUCGACCUGCGCUGCAACAUCUCUGGAAACCUGCUGCUCCACUCCAGUGACGCUCUGCCUAUUGUCAAAGCUUUCAUGGACAAACUCAAUGAAAAGCACUAUGGGCGGUUCACAUUGGUGAGUGUGGUUAACGUGGAGAAGCGUGUGGACGGGAUUCAGGGCAGCCGCUACUUCCUGGAGCUGGUGCUGAAAGAUGUGAACGGCCAGGUGCUGCGCCUGUCACACUACAUCUACGCUCUGAUUCACCACAGCAGGCAACGCAGUAAAGACUUAGGUUUCCAGCGGCCGAAACCUCAGAUGUUGCUGUGUAACCCGGUGGGCUUCCGCUGGAAUCCUGUUGCCACCGUCCACUUCAUAGUGCCGGUUAAAAACCAGGCUCGGUGGGUGCAGCAGCUGAUUGUUGACAUGGAGGAAAUGUUCAGAACAACCGGAGAUGCUAACUUUAAUCUCAUCAUCACGGACUACAACAGCACUGACAUGGAUGUGAGGAAGGCUCUACAGAAAUCCUCUCUCCCCAGGUACCAGUAUGUGAAGCUGGGUGGGAAUUUCGAGCGCUCCGCUGGUCUGCAAGCAGGUGUCAGCCUUAUAAAUGAUAACCACAGCAUUGUGUUUCUUUGUGACCUCCACAUCCACUUCCCUCCCUCCAUCAUCGAAACCAUCAGGAAACACUGUGUGGAGGGAUACAUGGCCUUUGCUCCAAUAGUUAUGAGACUGAACUGUGGGUCCACGCCAUCAGAGGCCAAAGGUUACUGGGAGGUUAAUGGGUUUGGCCUGCUGGGGAUCUAUAAGUCCGAUCUGGACGCAGUGGGAGGAAUGAACACGAAGGAAUUCACAGACCGCUGGGGAGGAGAAGACUGGGAGCUCCUCGACAGGAUCCUCCAGGCAGGACUGGAAGUGGAGAGGAUCUACUUGAGGAACUUCUUCCACCACUAUCACUCCAAACGUGGCAUGUGGAACCGACGCAUGUCACCCAGCCACAGGUGACCACGUGUCACCUGCCUGCUGCACCUGUCGCCACGGUUACAACCACGGCAACCAGAGCACUAAGGCCGGAGCAUGAUUCCUGCUGCCUAAUCGUCACACCUGCUUAUCGAUCAAACAGGGUGAUAUAGGACUGGAUGCUGUCUUCAGUCUCUCCAGCUCUAUGAGACAUGAAACAGCAGCUUACAUGUGGCAGCAGUGAAGGUCAUCGCCAUGGAGAUACUACUGAGUUCAUUUCACUGGAUGUACUGUUGACUACUGAGAGGGUACUGGCCGAUGAGUGCUGUUGACUAUGUGAUAUUAUAUAUGAAGAUACUGCUGUGCACCAUGUUGCUGACUGAGACCACAAUAAUCUGCACUACCUGCUGCAAUGAACUAACCUGAUCCACAAAACUGGACUUUUCAAUGACACUCCAAGGACAUAUACACACAAGUGUCUUAUAUCUUAAAGAUCACGAGUCUUGCACAUUAGUCUUAACUGGGGAAAAAAAAUGUCUUUGUUUUGUUUGUGACUAAAUUAAAUACAUGUAUUUGACUGCAGAUUGUGUGUAUCGUUAGCACAGCCUUAUUUGUCAUGUUGUAAAUUAUGGAAAACUUUCUAUUUAUUAUAUCAAUGUUUGUAGGAUUUUUUUUUUUCCAUUUGCAUUUUAUGUUACUUCUAGUAACAAAAGACAAAAGUGUACCUCAGUUCCUGUACCUGUUGAGCGCCCCCUCCUCUGUUUGUUCUCAUCAAUAUUAAUUGUGCCUUCUGCUGUGACUGUUAUUCAGGUACUGGGCCCUCUGAGGGCUGAUUUUACAGACCAGUCAGGAAAAGCCUUAAACUGGAAAGAUUAUUACAACUGAAGUGAUUUUUCAAGAGUGUAUCAUUAAGUUUUGUAAGAGAAACUGUUGCUUUGAAAUGCUGAAAUGAAUUUAGACUGGUGUGUGUGUGUGUGUGUGUGUGUGUGUGUGUGUGUUUCGUGGUGUCAGCUGAUGUAGACAAUACUGGCAUAUUUGAUUACGAAACAGUAAUCAAAUAUGAUACAACUGAGAAAACCGGAAUUAUAUUCAACAUCGAAAAUGAAUAUGCAUAUUCUCUGUACACUGCCACUCACCAAAGAUCUUAUUUGAAAGUUGAGCAAAUGUGUGUGUAAAUGCCGCAUGAAGGGCCGCUUCAGUCAAGAGCUAUUUUUUACUGUAAUUUAUGUCUGUCACCAGCUCAUAAUCUUUUUAUUGAUCUACCUGCUGAGUUUAAUUUUUGGCUCUUUGUUCCAAAAUAAUAUUUGUUUUGUUGAAUCUCAAAACCUACUUUGUUUGGCUCAGCAGUUCCUGAAGUUUCCCAUCCUAACUGGGAGUAAUACUGUUUUCACACAAGAAACACAGACAGGAAAUAUUCUGUUGAUGUAGUGAAUGAUAACAUGAUCUUGUGUUUUUAUCACAUUGUUGUAUUGUUAUUUAAGACAAGACUAAUGGUGCAUUUUCUAAUAUCUGUUCACAUUCCGUUUUAAUGAACCUGCUGUGCCUGUCAAAUUAAAAUUGAUACAUCUUGAACCAUUUCACUAAAGAUGCUGCACAAAUUCUGGUCUGCUGCCAAACUUUGUGAGAGUUGUGUUUGAUGCUUUCCCUUUUCCUACAUCACUUCCUUGGUUUUUUUUUUAUAUACCUCGACACUCUUUACGCUGGGAGUUCACCUCAGCCUUACUGUACGGUGUGGGAUUCUCUUCUCUCAGGGACCGGUUUUUCCAUUUACACUGCCUUGACAAAUCUGCGGAAUAAAUUUCUCCAAAAAAUGUUUUUGUUGCCUUUAUUUUCAUUACAUUUUAUAUACUUUUUAAUAGCUGCCUUUCUUUCAAGUAAUGGCCUAAGAAAAGUGACAAAGAAGAAAGAAAAAUUACAAAACUGAGAUAUUCUAGCUGUCAAUUGUAUGCCUACAGCCUUCGAAUUCAGAUAAAUAAGAGGUUACACAAUUUGUGGGAUAAGCUUUUUUUCCACAAUAAGCAUUAUGCCGUUAAAUAGAUUGAACAUGUUUUGUUUUACAUGACAUCUCUGUCAGUUUCAGUCUGCAGUCUGUGCCUCCUCAUCCUGUACUGUACACAUUUCUGCAAAUUCUCAUUGUUGGGUUAAAACCUCACAUUUAGGAAAUUGUUUUAGCUUCAAUUGAUUGAUCACUUUGGUCUCUAUGGAAUGUAUGACACCCUUUUAAAGCUGUUUGAAUAUACUCACUUCACUUUCUGUGCAGACUGUAUACUUUUAAUGUGGACAAGACACUGAUGGCUUUAUUUUACAAAUUCUUUAUUGAGUCUGUUUUAACCUUUUGUUUAAUUACUUGUAUGAGAACCUUUCAGUGCAAAACAAAAAUCGUUUGUUCAAUAUUGUUAAAGUAGCCAGCGAAUUCAAAUUUUCCUUUGCUCCAAGUACAAUAAAUGCACUUAAUGUGCACUAAACCUUGACUGCACUUCUCAGCAGCACUUUAUUAUGGCUACUAUUCCAGUGGUUUGAUGACGAACAAAUGCUUUUUUUGGGCGGGGGUUGGUUUACUGUAACUGUCGUGAUUAAUGUCCCGUAUCCUCUUGUUUGUUGUGUUUAUGUUUUUUCCCUCUACUGCAAAUCAAAUUUCCACUCGAGGAAAAAUAAAGAUCU